AUGUCUGACCCCAAGGAUUACACUGUCGGAUGGAUCUGUGCUAUUACCGCGGAGUUUACUGCAGAGCAAAACUUUCUUGAUGAGAAGCAGCAAGUACCAGAAGGUUUAGCUACAGCUGACCAUAAUGCCUAUGCUGUAGGCCUUAUUGGAAAGCAUAAGGUUGUUAUUGCAGUCUUACCUGACGGGGAGUAUGGUAUAUCUUCUGCAACAGGCGUAGCAAAAGACAUGUUGCAUAGCUUUCCAAAUAUCAAGGUCGGUCUGAUGGUCGGCAUAGGUGGCGGUGCACCAAGCGCAAAACAUGAUAUUCGCCAAGGGGAUGUGGUGGUUAGCGCUUCCCGCGAUGGGAAUGGGGGCGUUUUUCUUAUCUGGGGAACCCCUGCUUCCCUGACAGCUGGUUCAGCCAGCUUAUGUAGAGAGUCCAUUGCCUUUCUCAGCCUUCUUGCAACCCACGCCGUUACAGUUUUCCAGUACGACUUUGGUAAAACCAUACAAAAUCAAAGUUUCCAAUCAAUAGGAGUUCUCAACCAGUCACCGGUAUCCUUGAGAACAGCGCUUAGCGCACUGAAAAGUGACUACGAGAUUGAUGGGCAUCAAAUUCAAGAAUCUAUUGGCAAUAUCUUGGAGAAGAAGCCACGACUAAGACAAAAUUACCAGCGACCGGACCGGAACAGUGAUAGGUUAUAUCGGAGCGAAUUUGUCCACCCUGAGAACCAUGAAGGCAGCUGUCGAGUGGCGUGUGGAGACAUGCUGUCAAGCCUAGUGGAACGGGAAGAACGAUCAGAAGGUGUGGAUGAUCCAACAAUUCACUAUGGGCUUAUUGCGUCCUCAAACCAGUUAAUGAAGGACGCCCGGAUCUGA